AUGAGCACCUGGUCAUGGCAAAUUCCCUCUCUUCUUCAAGGUGUCCCAGCAGCGCUUGUUAUUCUUGCCGUUAUAUUUGGACUGCCUGAGUCCCCCCGUUGGCUCUAUUCCAAAGGUCGCAUUGACGAAGCCCGUCGCCUAUUAACUCUAUACCAUGCCAACGGCGACGAGUCAUCAGACCUCGUAAUCCACGAACUCGAAGAGAUCGAAAUGAUCCUCCAAGCCAAACGCCAGGCCAAGGGUCUUUCUGCCUGGAGCAUGCUAUCAAAGUCGGCCGCAAACCGCAAACGCAUCACGCUCGUUUCGGUCAUUUCAUACUACUUCAGUCCUAUCCUUGACAACAUCGGCGUGACGUCUACACAACAACAAACAGGGAUCAAUGGCGGCAUGCAAAUAUGGAAUCUGAUCUGGGCCAUUGCCUGCGCCGUGCCAGCAGACCGCGUCGGUCGUCGUACGCUCUGGCUUACUUCGUUCGCUCUGGCUUACUUCGACCAACACGGCUCCAAGUUAGCGGCGUAUUUAGUGAUUGUGUUCUUGUUCCUCUACAAUGCUGCGUUCAAUAUUGCGAAAUCCAUUGUUGUAUUGCUAUCCGACGGAGAUUCUGCCCUUUGCGAUUAG